ACAUUUUUUUUCACGUGGUGUUUGUUUUUAUUUACAAUAUAGCUUACUUGGUAUCAAUAUCGCAUUACCGACAAAUAUUUCGUGUUUAAUUAGGUGUGUAAUGUAUUUCUGAGGUAUAUCAAAGAUCAAAGGAGGAUUCCUAUCGCCAUCAAGGAUCGAUUACGACUGAAUAUGAUCCUGUUUAUAUGUGUAUUGCUGUAUCUUCUGACUUCGACUUUGACAUCUAAGCCGGCGGCAGGGAGGCUGCAAUGGGAUCCCAGUGGAUAUGUUAUUUUUUGCCCGUGCAUGGGUCGCUUUGGUAACCAGGCAGACCAUUUUCUUGGUGCUUUAAGUUUUGCCAAGAAAAUAAAUCGUACCCUGGUUCUACCUCCUUGGAGAACAUAUAAAAAUGUUCCGUUUAACGACUGGUUUAAGACUGAACCAUUAAAGAAGUUUCACCGCGUUGUCCUAGCCGAGGACUUCAUGGCCAAGUUGGCGCCGAUUCACUGGCCUCCUGGGCGCCGCAGUGGCUGGUGUUGGUUGCCGUCCAACGACAAAGAUAGGAAGUGUGCCAUGAAAGAAGGCAACCCAUUUGGUCCUUUUUGGGAUGGCCUUAAGGUGGAUUUUGAUGACUAUGUGAUUUACAAUAUUGGUUAUUCCGACACGAACACCUGGCAGAAAGUCUAUCCCCCUGCCAAAUACCCAGUGAUGGCGUUCAAGGGAGCCCCCGCCUCAUUCCCAGUCCAGGAGGAGGACGUGGCCCUGCACCGCUUCCUCGAAUGGUCAGACACAGUCGAAGACGAGGCUCUUGGUUACAUCAAUAAACACUUCCCAGGGGAUGUCUUUGUAGGAAUACAUCUUAGAAACGGCCCAGACUGGGCCAAUGCAUGUGAGCAUGUUGGUGAAGUUCAUAGUUACAUGUCCAGCCCUCAGUGUCUGGGCUAUUCAGGGGAGGUAAUUGUGACAGGGAAACUUUGUUUUCCUCCAAAGGAUGAAAUUUUAAGGCUGUUGAAGAAUGUAGUCAUAUCAACAAAGGCCAAAGUUGUGUACGUGGCCACUGAUAAAGAUCCAAUGAUAGAUGAAAUAAAGGAACAUCUAAAGAAACAAAAGGUUAAAGUAUUUCACCAAGACCCGUGGUUACCACAGAUUGACUUGGCCAUCCUUGGCAUGUCUGAUCAAUUUAUUGGCAAUUGUGUUUCAUCAUUCACAGCAUUUGUUGCUCGAGAAAGAAAAGCUAAAAAUUUACCAACAUCAUUUUGGGCUUAUUCUUAACGUGUCCUAUAACUAGGUUUUAUUUUUUUCAGUAAAUUGCUUUGUUAUUAAGUGCUUUUUCACGUAAGACAUUUUAAUUAAAUUAGUGUUAUAGAUUUUAGUCUUCUUUUGUUCAAAUGGAAAUUUAAUUUAAAUCUAAAUUAUUUAUUUUAUUUUGUGAUGUUUUUUCAUAAGCAAGAUAACCACUAUUAUCUACUUGCAAACGGAGAAAGUAAAAAAAUAAAUAAAAAACAAUGGCAGUUUAGGUAAGAUACAUGUAUGUAAAAAGAAUAAUUUAUUACAAGAAUAUUUUCUUUUCUAGUUAAUCUGACCUCAAACAAUGGCAUAUCCCCCUAUGAUAUUAGUCUGGUCUGAACAUCCCAACAGCCAAUGGGAUGGCUAAAAUCUUCUGAGUUUUCUCCAUUAUAAUAAACUGUACUCAGUGCAUCAGAAAAUGUAACAUUUAUUAUAAAUAAAUGAUAAUGAUGUUCAGUCCAUUGACAACUACCCUCUAGAUCCAUUAGCCUCCACUGUCAUGGUGUUUGGAAAUAGGAAGGGCAUACACAUAUCUUUGACUCAACACAAACACACAUAUACAUACACACACAUAUACAGUGAAACCUCGAUAAUCCAGACUCCAGUAGUCCGGAACCCUGCCUUACGGACAGCAAAACCAAAAAACAAACUUCUUAUGUUGUAAAUGUGUUCGUUAAUCCAGAAAUUCAGCUUCCGGAACCGGAUGGCCAUUAUUCAAAACGAAUUGUAAAAAAUAACAGCUUACUGCUUCGUUUAACCGGAGGCCAUUUAAGAAUUUGAAACCGUUUGAUCGCAGAUUAAUUAGUAACUGCACCAUUGUUGUGUGAACCGUAGCCGCCAACAUGGCUGCACAGGGUAUCACACCUCAGUUUUGUUUGAAGCGUGGCUGCGUAGUGUUCACUUAUCUGCGGUCGUUAACACAUGCCUUUGAACAGUUAAUUAAUAGGAAUUGUCUAUGCUUGGGAAUGCUGGUUUGAGCAACAGUAAUCAACUGGAGAUUGCAUAAAACAUCCGUGGAUGUUACUUUGACACAAAUCGCUUUUUAUUGUCAUGGCUAGCCAACAGAAAAAACGAAAACGUCACGAAAUUACAGCAUUUGAUUGGCUGAGAGCGUUUGAUCGGCAAAUGAAGUCACGCGGCCAACAUGUGAUUCUCCUUGUUGAAAAUGCCGCCAGUCAUUCGUGUAAAGAUACGGCAUUGUCUCGUGUGAAAGUGCAUUUUCUUCCCCAAAAUACCACUGCACAUAUCCACAUGGAUGGCGGUAUAAUUCAUGCUUUCAAAGCUCACUACAGAAGGUAUUUAGUUCGGCUCUUUCUAAAAUGUGUUGAAGAUGGGGAAGCACAAGUGGUCAACUUGAGACAGGCUGUGUACUGUGUACUGUAUACAAUGUAUGUUUUAAAAAUAUAAUGUGUAGUUGAAUUUUAUAUCUUUUACUUUUUUAUUAGUGGUUUGUAAUUCAAGGGAGAUUACUCUAUGGACGAUUCAGUACUCCGGAAAUUCGUUAGUCCGGACGUUUAAAAAAAACCCAACAUACUGUUCGGAUUAUCGAGGUUUCACUGUAUACAUAUAUAUACACACACACACACACAAACUCUCACAUACACAUACACACACGUGCACACACACACAUUACAUAUUGUCCAUGUUUUUUGUUACCUUUUUGUGGUACUAUUAUAUGUGAUUACAAUUAACUGUUCUAUAUAGGUAUUUAAAACCACUAGUCUGCUACCAAUGCCAGUGAAGGUUGGUAGUGAAACUUCUCCAGUAUUGGUAGACAUUUUUAACUUUUGAAACAUAUUCUUAUUUGUAUAUUACUAAGAAGUUACUCCAUUACAACUUCUAACAAAACAUAAUACGAACUUUUACACUCAUCUGUAAGUUAACUGAAUACUUCACAAGUUAGAACUUUUACACUCAUCUGCAAGUUAACUGAAUACUUCACAAGUUAGAAAGAUAUUUAUGCAAUACAAUCUUUGUUUGUAGGGUAAAUAGCAGGUCCUACAGGCAGGGGGGUGCUGGGGGGGGGGGGCUCUAGGCCCCCAAUAAUUCUUAAUAAAAAGUAUUGUUGGUACUAAAUAUUAACACAGAGAUGAAUUUUACUUGUAGAAUGCAGGAAAUUGCAUUUCAGGACAUCUAGUUUUUUAAAUUUUACGGGGGAGUAUAUCCUCGAACCCCCUAGAAAUUUUGCUUUGUACCCUCGAUCUCAGUCAGCUCCCCCCCCCCCCCCACCCCCCAAUGUCUACUUGCUUCCACUGUGCUUGUCCUAUAUGAUAUCAUUUCUGUUUUGACUUGCAAGAUUCUAGUCAAAUUCGAAACAUCACCAUCAGACUUUGAAAUUCAGGUCAUCUUGUCACAGUAAUAUUAUACAAAUUAUAACAAAGUAAAUACCUCAUAACGAUCAAUUUUGUAGUGGCACUACUGAUUGCCAUGGUGAAUUUCGAGGACUGGAUCAUACAUUCCAUUUUGAGAAUUUAAUUAAUCUAAUUUCAUCUAGGCCUGUGUUACAACUGUCAAGCUGUGACCAGGAUCACAUUCCUGCCUGUAGUUGGGUUUAUUUUACACUUAUUUAUUGUAAAUACAGUUGAAUCCUGUAGGCCCGAACCCUGUUGGUGCUCGAGAAAGUGUUUGACCUAUCAGGUAGUUCAACCUAACCUAAUGUGUAACUUGGGACUUGUUCGAGUGUUGGGGUGUAUUUGACCCUUCCGAGUUCGACCCACCGAGAUUCUACUGUAUCUUUAUAUUUGUUAUCAGAAGGCAAGUUUUAAGCUGGACAAACACAAAUUGUUAAUCAUUUGGUGAAUUCUCUUUCAAAAUGUGUAGUCAAAUUAAAAAGAUCCCAUGUUGCUGCCAAUCCACAGAUCGCGGCCAGUUGUGGAACACUGGCUGGAACGAGUAAUAGCCUAUUGACAGGGAUCGAUCCUAGACUGAUCAUGCAGUGAGUGAGUGAGUGCUUUACCACUAAGCAGGGCUUCUAGAUUAUGGUAGCCCCACUCCCAUGGUUAGUGAUAUUCAGUGUUGAAAACAACUACUAUAAUUAGCCCAACGGCUAGUGGAAAAAAAACCUUGUCAAAUGCUGCAUUUAAGUCUUAUUUUGUAAACAUGAAUAUCCUGCCCCAUCUUCCCACUCCCCAAUUUUUAAUCAUGGCUAGUAAAUUGUUUUAAUCACUGAUCCCAUGGCUAGUGACUUUUUAUCAAAUUCUAGAAGCCCUGCACUAAGCUAUGUACUACUCCUGUAAUGAUUUUGUUCACUCUUCAUUGUUGUUUAAAUCAUUCAGAUUUAGAACACGCCACAACAUCAAAGCUGUAUUUUAUUUUAACAUAUUUAAAAAAAAGAAGAAGCCUAAAAUAUUUACUAGCCCUGAAUUAAUUUUGUUGAGUACAUUUCUCAAUCUGUUUUGCAUUGAGGUCCAGUUAUCUACUGUUUUUAACUAAUAUGGAUUACACUUGCAGCUAGUUUUAUCUGGUUUAUUUUCAUAACCAUUUAGGGUUGCCUAGUCUUUUGCAGUGCCAAUGCUUUUUUAUCAUGAGUUUGUUAUAUUUAUGAGUAGUUACAGAAUUGCAGUUUAUUUUACAUAGAUGUUAUUUAAUUUAAUAACUUAAAUCUUACUUGAUGCAUAAAUGUAUUGAAUGCUAUCGAAAGUAAAUGUCUUUUGACAAAUCUGAA